CUGCACCGCAAGAGGAAAACAAGCGCCACCCUUACAGUCCAGAGAGGCGAAGUCCUCCUUUUCAGAGACAGGCAAGAAGGCUGCUUCGGGCUGAGGAUGCUAGUACGGGGGUCUUUUCGGAAGGCCAGUAUGCGCCGCGAUUGGUCCAGAGGCCGAUGGUGACGUCACGAGUGGGCGUGGCUCCGCGGGAGGAAAGCCAGCCCGGGCUGAGUGAGAGAAGCAAAGACAGAGAGAAGCAAAGCUUGGAGUUUCCUUCAGGGAAGGAGGCAGAGGAAGCAAGAAGCAUUGCAGAAGUUUGGGAUCCUCCUCGCUGUCUUUCUCCUAUACGGAAAAAUAAAGGGAAAAGAAAUAAGAAUAGUGAGAAAAAUAAAAAAGAUGGAUAAAUAUAAAGCUCUGGAACAGCUGCUCACAGAACUGGAUGAUUUUUUGAAGAUACUGGAUAAGGAAAACCUCAGCAGCACAGCAAUAGUGAAAAAGAGUUUCCUUGCCGACCUCCUUCGUCUGUGUACAAAAUCAAGUAGUGGGGAUGAGGAAUAUAUUUACAUGAACAAAGUCACAAUCAACAAGCAGCAUGGUGAACUAGAGAAAUCAGACAAAGGUCACAGAGACUCCUUGACCAAUGGAGAAGCAGAGCAGCAUUUAUCUCCUCCUCAGAAGAGUUUGCCCGACCUUCCACCUUCCAAAAUAAUUCCAGAAACAAAACCAUAUUCAGGCUCUAAAACUGAGUCUCCAGAAGGAUACUAUGAAGAAGCUGAGCCCUAUGGCAUCUCUCUGAAUGGUUUUUAUGGUAGACUUGCAGCUACUGGAUCCAGACCAGGGUUGCAAGUUACCGAGGGAGUCAUAUAUGCCACGAUAACAAUGGAUGAUGGAGAAGCAGUCAGCAGUUCCUAUGAAUCCUACGAUGAGGAAGAGAACACUAAAGGCAAGUCAGCUCCCCACCAGUGGCCUUCCCCUGAAGCUUCCAUUGAACUCAUGAAAGAUGCACGGAUCUGUGCUUUCCUCUGGAGAAAGAAAUGGCUGGGGCAGUGGGCCAAGCAGCUUUGUGUGAUUAAGGAUAACAGAUUGUUGUGUUACAAGACUUCCAAGGACCACAACCCUCAAUUGGAUGUUAAUUUGUUGGGCUGUAGCGUCAUCCACAAAGAAAAGAAUGUGAGGAAGCAAGAACAUAAACUGAAGAUCAUCCCAAUGAAUGCUGAUGUCAUUGUCCUGGGCUUGCAGAGUAAGGACCAGGCAGAACAGUGGCUCAGAGUAAUCCAAGAGACAAGUGGUCUCUAUCCAGAUGGGUGGGGUGAAGGAAAUCAGUACGUUCCAGACUCCCAACGGCUUAGUUAUCCCAAAGUGGAGUCAACUGAGAGGUAUUCAGUGGCAUCAGAAAGUGGAAGCAGCACUGAUGGUCACCCAGAACUGUUGGAAACUAAAGAUGCUAAGAAGAAAGGCACGUCAGGAUUAAAACUGAGCAAUCUGAUGAAUCUUGGAAGAAAAAAAUCUGCAUCAUUGGACAGUCCAGAGAGGUCUUUGGAUACUUGUACAUAUCUGAAUGUAUUGGUGAACAGCCAAUGGAAAUCUCGGUGGUGUUAUGUGAAAGAUGGACAGCUCCAUUUCUACCAAGAUAAGAACAAAUCCAAAACUGCACAACAGCCUUUGAACUUGAUAGGCUGUGAAAUUUUCCCAGACCCAAGUCCUGACCAUCUCUAUUCAUUCCGGAUUCUGCAUAAUGGGGAGGAACGGGCCAUGUUAGAGGCCAAGACUUGUGAAGAAAUGGGCCACUGGCUUGGUCUCCUUUUAUCAGAAUCUGGCUCAAAAACAGACCCUGAAGAACUCACCUAUGAUUAUGUUGAUGCCGACAGAGUUUCCUGCAUUGUCAGCGCAGCAAAGAAUUCAUUACUCUUAAUGCAGAGGAAGUAUUCUGAGCCCAACACAUACAUUGACAACUUACCAAAGGAAAAGGAGGAACAAGAAGAACUCUAUGAUGAUGUAGAUGUUCCAGAGUCAACAAUGGAAAUGCCUCUGAAUGAAAUCAAAUCUGAGGGGGAACAGGAUAGAGUCUACCUUGACCUCACACCAGUUCAGUCUUUUGUGUACUCUGCUGGGAGGAAACAUGGUCAGUUGACUCCUUCAGUCUCACCUUCUCUUCAGAGAUCUGUCAACAAGAAUUCAACUGAUUCUGACAAAGAUUUAUCCACGCUCUAUAAAGAAGGAGAGUUGAAUAGACGACCAGUGGAAGCUGCAGACCAGAAGCCUUCAGAUAUAGAUGAGCUCCUACCACUGAGGACAACCACAGUCAAAAUCCAGGCACAGCAACAGCAAAUUGCCUUUCAACAGAGUGCCUUUGAGAUGAAGAAUGCCACCACAAUUGUGUCUGUGCCCAAAGAGAAAGGAGACCGGCCCAAGGUAGUAAAUCCAGCUCCUGUUGAAGCCAAACUAGGUAAAAACAGGACAGAGGCUGAAGUGAAGCGAUACUCAGAAGAGCGAGAUCGCCUAGAGAAGGAAAAAGAAGAAAUCCGCUCUCAGCUAGCACAACUUCGGAAAGACAAGAGGGAGCUGAAAGAAUUGUUAACAAACUGCACAGACAAGAGUGUUUUGUCUACAAUGGAGCAAAACCUGAAGGAAAUAGAGGAGGAGUGCAAACGGAAAGAAGACCAGCGGGUGGACUUAGAGCUGAACCUUGUGGAAGUAAAAGAAAAUCUCAGGAAAGCCGAGUCGGGUCCAGUUACUCUUGGCACAGCUGUGGAUACCACACAUCUUGAGAAUUCGAGUCCCAAAAUGAAAGUUGCCAAUCCUAUGAAUAGUACAGAAAGCUCACCUGUCAAUUCAGCAAUGGCACUAAAGAACCGGCCACUGUCUAUCAUGGUCACAGGGAAAGGAACCGUUUUACAGAAGGCUAAGGAAUGGGAGAAGAAGGGUGCUAGUUAGGGUCUCACAGCGUCAAGAAUGGACUUAUAACUAGAGUUGGCCAUUCAUGGACUAAAGGAUUCUAUUGACAGUAGAUAAACGGUCCAAAAAAGGCAAAGCAUUGCAAGAAGUAUACUGUGUUGCUCCAUCUAGAAGAAACCAUGGACUUCGGCCAGAUGCUUUCUAGCUGUGUGUAGAAGAAGACCCGGCUUGCCAAAACAGGGCCUUUUUUUUAGAACAAGGAUGUUGCUCCUUUUUAGCAAAGUUGCACUGUGUAGCAGCAAAGAGAGUUAACACAAGUGGAAACAUUGCUUCUAAUCCCACUGUUGUCAUAAAUAUGUUGCUGUACAUAAUGGAUGCUUUUGUGUAUUUCUACUUUUGGUGUUUAUAGCAUUGUGAAAUCCAGGAUUUGUUGUUUAAUGUUACAUAGAGGUGGUUGUCUGAAAGGUGGGGUAAAGACAAGGUAAAUUGAAGACUCCUUGUUAGACUUUUAAUUUGCAUAAGAGUUUUAGUAACCAGUGGAGAAAACUUGGGAGAAGCUCAAGGGCAUCAAGCAACCCAAAAAGUGGCUGCCUUCUAGUUGUAUGUAAAAUAAAAACCAUCUUGUGAGAAAUAAUUCCUAACCAAAA